AGCUGCACGGGCACUGGAGCCCGUGAGCAGAGACGCGGCUUGUUUAGUAUUCCGCGCACAAGGCAAAGGAAGGAGAAGGGAGGGAGGGCAGAGAGUGAAAUAGAGAGAAAAAAACGAGGCUGUGAAGACAAGCGAAAACACAGAAAGAGAGGAGAAAGAGAGGAGCGGAGAGACACCUCCUCUGUCCCUCUCGGUCUGCCCUUUGGCAUCCGUCUGUCCCAGGCGGUUUCAAAGCUCCCGUAGAACAUUCCAGAAAUACAGCUGUGUGGACCACAAUCAACAUUACAGUUUAAAUGAAAAACGAGGGAGGACAGUGUGUUCCAACACAACACAUUGGAAACAAAAGGUCUCGAACGCUGCCCGAUGCUGCUUUAAGGACUUAGCCUGCAAAUACUCUCUUUUUCUCUCGACUGAUCGUUUAACCGAGAGUAAUAGCCCAGAAAUCUAGGCUAUGCUUUCUGAACAACAGACCUUAAUAUAGUACCACUAUUUAUUCAAUGAGGAAAAUUCCAUUUAUAUGAAUUGAUUUGGUCUUGACCCGCUGUACUAUGACAAGGACUCAGGGAUGUCAGUGUCAUUUUUCAUAAAAGGAGCCUAUGUUAUUAUUGAGACGAGUGAUUGUGACUCACUUACCAGUGGGUUUCGAAGCCAUUAAAGGUUUCAAUUAACGGUCAUAAAGAGACCUUGACGACUCCUCGUUGGAACUUUGUCCUUCAGAAUCACAAACAAGGCCUCCUGUCCUAUUGGAUUCUUACGGUAGAAACUGGCCAUACACCCCCUUUCCACUCAAGCGCCGUCCAAUUGGUGUGGGCGGUGAGGGCUGCGCCACGAUUGGUUGAGUGCAGGGUGGGUGUGCGAUGCGGAUUGGAGGAUGUCGGGGGACUGGGAAGACGACCUUUGUAAGAAGGCGUUGGUGCUGGUGGAGGAGCUGUGCUUCCGAUCUGGAGGCUUCAGCCAGAGUGCGAGCUGCCAAGAGUUCAGCUACAUGAUGAGAGGACCCAAUAGACAGAUGAACACAGAGAUCUCUGUGAGUCUGCUCUCCGUCAUCGUAACAUUCUGUGGCAUCGUGCUGCUCUCUGUCUCUCUCUUCGUCUCCUGGAAGCUUUGCUGGUUGCCGUGGAGAGAUAAGGAAGGAGGAGGUCUAAGCUUGACGUCAGGGCUCCUACCCGGUGGUGCCAGUUUAGGUGGGGUGGGGGGUGGUGGAGGCUCUUCGCUCCUCCCUCCCCUAUUGCAUAGGAAGGAUACACAGUCCUCCUCCUCACUAUAUCCCACCCUCUCACAGCAUGGUCAGCAUCACCCCCAUUUCUCCGACCUGAUGGGUGUGGAGGGCGGAGGUGCGCUGGUGGUGGGGGGUGUGGUUGGAGGUCCGCAGGAAAUGCAGGAGCAUUCCUACCUAGACAUGGACUCGUAUCCCAACAAUGCUGCGAAUAUUAAGUUGAGUCAGACAUCUCCUGAGUUGCCGCCAGCAACAGAAGGAGGCUCAGCUGCGAAAGACCUACCCAAUGCCCAUCCACCGCAGCAGGUCACCACUAGGCCUAAGCCCAUGACUCACCAGCUCUCCAGCCCUGAUUUCCAUGGUGAGGAGAAGAGUGAGCAGCUGACCAGCAUUGGGCAGAUCAAACCAGAACUCUACCGGUUGCGCCAAGGAGACCAGGGGGAAGGCAAACAAGGCGACACCUGCGGCAAAAUCAGCUUCCUCCUCCGCUACGCCUUUAACACGGAGCAGCUGGUGGUUAAAAUACUGAAAGCCCUCGACCUCCCGGCAAAAGACGCCAAUGGGUUCUCCGAUCCUUACGUCAAGAUCUACUUACUGCCUGAUAGGAAGAAGAAAUUUCAGACCAAGGUGCACAGAAAAACUCUCAACCCCAUUUUCAACGAGACGUUCCAGUUCGGCGUGCCGCUGGCUGAGCUGCACUCGCGCAAGCUCCACUUCUCCAUCUACGACUUUGACCGGUUCUCCAGACAUGACCUCAUUGGUCAAGUGGUGGUGGAAAACCUGCUGGACUUCAGCGAGGGAACUGGAGAGAAGCCUAUUUGGAGAGACAUUGUUGAAGGAACCGCGGAGAAAGCCGACCUGGGGGAGCUGAACUUCUCACUGUGUUACCUGCCAACAGCUGGCCGAUUGACCGUCACUAUUAUUAAGGCCACGAAUUUAAAAGCCAUGGACCUCACAGGCUUCUCAGAUCCGUACGUAAAAGCAUCUCUGGUUUGCGAGGGACGACGGCUAAAAAAGAGGAAGACCUCCAUAAAGAAGAAUACUCUCAAUCCAACAUAUAACGAAGCUCUGGUCUUUGAUAUACCUAAUGAGAACAUUGAGAACGUGUCGCUAGUCAUCGCAGUCAUGGACUAUGACUGUAUCGGUCAUAAUGAGGUGAUCGGGAUGUGCCGUGUGGGCAGUGAUGCUGAAGGGCCGGGAAGAGAGCACUGGACAGCCAUGCUGGCAAAUCCUCGCAAACCUAUUGAACACUGGCACCAGCUGGUGGAGGAAAAAUCCAUAACCACAUUUGUGUCAAAGAGUGCCACAGCCUCCCCUAAGCCACACAUAGUGGUGGACAGCCCUCACUCCGAGUAGAGAUGUCAGCAUUAUCUUUUUAGCAACAGAAAUACAUUCUUUUUUUUUCCACCUGUGAAUAAUUGUUCAUCAAGACCGGAGAAGAGAGACUGCUUGUGUUAGUGCUUUUCCUUUCAAUCAACCCUGCAGACCCAACACAAUAUAUAGAGACCAACCAGACUAGAACUGAAACAAAGCAUACACGAACACAUUAUAAAAACUCUGGCAUGGAUGGUAUUGCUUCAGGAAUGAUGUUAAUGUCAAAAUAUAGAAUUUAUUCAGGGGAAAUAUGACGAACAUUCCCACUUUAAAAAUCAAUAAUCUUUAUUGAGAUAUUUGAAACUGAGCCUACAUUUUAAUUACUUAAAAAACAGUCAGGUGAGAAACCUGAUCAAUUCUGGACCACGAAUGUUUUUGUGUAUGCGCGAGUGCAUGUGUGUGUGAGUUUGUAUGGGUGUCUGUGCGUAGCUAGAAAAAAACUAAUCUAUACAAAUUAUUUGGAGUUGUAUUCUCUGCCAACGCAGAACCUUAGCAACUGUUUCCUAUCUCUCUGGAGACGAGGACUACUUUAUCACCGUUCCCAACUGGAGAACGAGGAAUAAGGACGAAUGCAUCGUUGUGCAGUAUUGAAAUGUGUCUCCCUGCCUUUUCCAUUUUUAUCACCUUCUGCUUGGAGCUCAUUAAGAUCAACAAUUCAUUUAUUUAUUUUGUAUAAUUUACCAAAGUCAAACCAUUGUUAUUGCACCAGAUAAGAAAGGAACAGUUUGUGCGUUUGAAAACAUGUUUCCCCGGCCCGGAUGCACUGGCAAGUUGAAUUCCUUUGAGAACUCUUCCAAGGAGCUAUCAAUGAUUGAUUUCAAAUAUUGUCAGAGGAACUCGGAUGGACCUUGGAUUCGCGUGCACAAAGUUUUGGAAACGUAUCCUAUGGGAAAAAGAUAUGGCCAUAGUAUUUUAUUUUUAUACCACGCAAUAUUAUAAUUUUUUUUAGUUCUUGUAAACAUUGUUCAUUAUGAAAAAGGAAGUGUGUGCUCUACAUUAUCCCUCUGCCAAGAGGACCACUUCGGAACGACACGCACCUUCGUUCUCUUCCCGUGUACCUACUUGUCUGUGGGAGUAUUCUUUUGUGUCGAUAUGCGUUUGCUCGUCACUUCGUGUGUGCGUGUGUAUGCCCGUGUGUCGUAUAUGUCACUGUGACCCCGUGUACGACCCCGUGUUUGCGUCUCGCAACCCCACUUCCUUGACCCUCGCCCCGUCCUUUCUCCUGCACAGAGGAACAUCUUGUUUUGAACAAUCAAAAUGUGUCACCUGUCCUGUGUCUUAGACAAACUAUUUCCUGUGUAGGAUCUGUUGCACUAGGUAGGGACAGGGUGUAAUUCUCAGAAUGUGGUAUUGACCUGUCUCUGUUGUUUCCCUAACCAGCUCGAAAUCACUGAAAAGUGUCCCUAGCCUGAUCUGUGUUCUUGUGUUGGGUGUGCUCUUCUUUUUUUGUAAAUGUGCUAUGUGUGUAAGAGGGGACAAACCUGGUGGCCGCAGCUGUCGAGGAAAUAAGUUUUUAAUGACCUUUAAAAGAAAACGGAUAAAAAAAGACAAACUGGUUCUCUUCAUCUCUUUUGGCUGAUGUGACUAUCUUUUCUAUCUGAGCAUUCCUUGCGAACAGAGAUGUAAAGAGGGAGACUUUUUAUGUUUACAUAUCACAUUACCAACUGACUCAAGAUGCAAACGUCUCUGUAUAGUCGUAUAUCACACCCACAAUAGGCGCUUUUACUCUCGUUCGAAUAUAUUGACCAAGACACAGCUGCAUUUCUUAAUUCACCUCCCCUUGAUAUCCAGGUUCACUGCAGCUAUUAAUAUAGCAGUACAGCCACUGCCAAUGCUAUUGCACAUGCCCCUCGACAGAGGAAUACUAAAUUACCAAUCACAAACACUCAUGAAAUGUAUCGCAGUAUAAUUAUUUUCCAUGCUAGCCCCUGAGCUCACAUUUUCACCGUUUCCAUUAUUAACCACACAACGAGCUAUCGUGCUCACAUGCGCUCACUCGUUCCGGUGUGUGUGUGUUUGUUCAGUCCUAAGUCCGUUAUCAUAUAUCAGCUCUUGUUGUUUUCUAAGAGCCCAUUGAUUCCGUCAUACACGUAGAUGUGCUAUCGACCCACAGCCCCAUCCAGCUCCUGUCUGAGGAAAACACACUUCACCUGCUGUAGAUCUUACGCACGUUCCCAAUAGAGUAACCUUUGACCCCUUCAUCAGUUUUCACAGUUUAUUAUUCCGACACAUAAACACUCGCCUCUCACUUUUCGGGUAUUCCCCAAAUGUAGUUUUUUUUUUUGCCUGCCACAGCCCAUUACUCUCUGCGUUUGUCUCCCGUCUUUCCUCUGUUUCUCUAUGUCAGUGCAAUUCUGAAUGAUCCUGAGGAAAUGUGUUUGCAUGCUUAUAUUAACAUGGAUGAUGUCAACUUGAUGCAAUGAUAAUUUAAUAAGUGAUGCUGAACACAAAAUCUGACAAUGAACUUGAUACUAACAGUACUAAUGACAAACCUGUUCAAUAUCAUGAAAACACUGACGAUCAGUGAUGUUGUUAAUAUUGUAUAUCCUCUUUGAAAUGGUAUUACAGUUUCUGGGUAUAUUUUUUGGUUUGUAUGUUCGUUCGUUUGCUUUUUUAUUUUCUUUCAAAAGUUUACUUUUAUAUGUUCAGAGUAAGCCGAGACUUAAAGCAAGAUAAAAAUGAAAUGCGUUCAGGGCGAGAACAUUUCAGUUCAAAAUAAAAAACUGAAAAAAAUCCCCCAAAAGCUGUUAAGAGGAUGUGAUUAUGUGAAUGAUUAAGACGAUUCUAAGGAUGGAGCGAUGAUGGCUGAAAUAAAAACAUAUGUAUGAAAAUCA